GAGUGUGGAAUCUCUUGAUCUUCAGUCUCAAACCCGAAGGCCGAAAGAUUCGCCGUUCUUUCAACAAAAGUUACCCGCAUGGCAGCCUAUGUUUACUGCCAGAAAGUCGGCCAUAACAUUUUUGGUUCUCGGAGUUUUCUUCAUCCCACUGGGUGCCAUUCUUUUGGCAACGUCCGAUUCCGUCAUUGAGUACAGUGUUGACUACACUAACUGCAUGGAUACAACCACUGGACGUCCUUGUAUGGAAGUGAUCGGUCCAGGAGUAGUUUGUUCUUGCAUUCAAGAAGUUGUUGUGGCGAAAGAUAUUCCGGCCCCGGUUUAUCUUUAUUACGGUCUUGAGAAUUUCUACCAAAACCAUCGUCGAUUCGCUAGAUCGAAAAGUGACCAACAGCUUUUGGGAAGUAAAGUUUCUCCAAGUUCCCUCUCCAGUUGUACACCCUACGAUACUUUCACGAACAACAGCGUGACCUAUAUGAUUUUGCCUUGUGGUGCCAUUGCAAACAGUAUAUUUAAUGAUACAUUUGAAGUGACGUAUCGGUCGUCUUCAACUGCAAAUCCUAUUCCUGUCAGCAUGACCAACAAGGGAAUCGCUUGGAAAUCGGAUAUAACCAGAAAGUUCGGGAUUUUGACUCCAGAAACGUUGGCAGAUACGGUGAAGCCUCCGAAUUGGCCCAAGCCGAUUGAAGAACGCUCCCCCGGUGCCUUUAAGUCUGACGAAGAGCUCAUGGUUUGGAUGAGGGUUGCUGCUCUACCUAGUUUUCGGAAGCUACACAGACGUAUUGUCCACGAGGGGCAGUUUCAAAAUGGCUUACCAGCCGGCACGUAUACGUUUCGCAUAUCCUAUGUCUUCCCAGUUUCCACUUUCAACGGACGUAAAUCAUUCGUAAUUGGAAAUGUAAGCUGGCUUGGUGGGAAGAACAACACACUUGGCAUUAUGUGUCUGGUGACCGGAUUUCUCCACCUGCUAUUGGGAUUCGCAUUCCUAGCUGUUUACCUUCACUCGAAAAGACGUGCCAACGGUCCAUCUGUUAUGAUAGAUCCGGGACAACCCCAAGAGCUGAACUGCCUUAUAUCCUCUUAGCACAUUAACCUAGACGUGGAAGGCGCCAAGACUGCACCAACAUCUAUGCGGGAACAGCGUCCAGCUCCAACCGGAGAUGAUUAAGCAGUCGGCCAAACUGUCCAUAUUAUUCGGUGUAAAACCGAGUCGUUUUCUCCUGUCACAUUCAUUCAAACUUGGCUUCUCAGUUUUUGCAUUCAGUUCUCUGUUUGUCAAUGAACUUGGUCUCUAAUGCACGUUUCAUCUGCACAAGCACACGUCAGAUAAGCUGACGCACUUUUCCCAUUCCUGGGCUAUCGAGCUUACGACUGAGGCCUGUAUAGCAUACCUGUGUUACUUUCUUUUGCAUAUACUGUUGUGAUCUUUCAAAUCCCCUGCCCUGUUCACCUCUUUGUUUUAUACGACACGUAGCGACUGACAUCUUGCAACCUUCAUGUACUCUCUUGAAAUCGCUCGUUGGACUUGUUGAAAACGGUUGUGUGUUGCAACCCGAUAUAUAUGCGUAAAUAAAAGUAAUCUAUAAUUGAUGAUCGCGUUUAUUCUGUAACGAUGUAGCUGUGGAAAAUACAGCUACAAUCGGGGCCUAAUCGCUGGUCUUAGAGUGCCUUCCCUGUACUUUGCUGCACCACUUUUUGGCUCUUCAUGCGUUCG